AUGGGGAAACACUCCAAGAUCCCCAAUAUGCCUCCGGGAAUGGAGUCUCGCCCUUACAACCAGGCCAAAGAGCGAUUGCCGGGCAAGACUCUGUGUGAGCUGUGCAACAAGGUACUUGACACGCCCCUUUGGUCUGUACACAAGAACUCGAAGAAGCACCGCGCUGCAGAGAGCGCUGAGAAGGCGAAGGAGAAUGCCAAGGUCAACAACAACAACGGAUUCGACGGCCGCAGUGGCAAGGCAUCUGGCUUUUCGCCCGAACUCGACUCUGGCUUUGACCUGGCUCCUCCUAGUACUGGCAACGACACUUGGGCCUCCUCUGGUAAUGACGGCUGGGGCUCCUCUGGCGGCUUCAGCGUCGAGCCGAGCCACGGCAACAAGACUCGUGGUGGCGGAGGUGAUCGUGCCUGCUUCGGCUGCGGCGAAAUCAGUCAUACGAAGCGCGACUGUCCCAAGGGUGGUUCUUCAGGAGGCCGUGCGUGCUUUGGCUGUGGUGAAGCUGGUCACACCAAGCGCGAGUGCCCCAAGGGUGGCUCUGGCGGCGGAGGACAGGCCUGCUUCAACUGCGGCAUGGAGGGUCACCGCAAGAUGGAUUGCCCUGAACACCUCAAGCCUCGUGGCGGCGGCGGCGGCGGCAGUGAUCGUCUGUGCUUCAACUGUGAUCAGCCUGGCCACAACAAGGCCGACUGUCCCGAACCUCUCAAGCCUCGCAGCGGCGGUGGAGGUGGCGGUCGAGCCUGUUUCAACUGCCUACAGCCGGGCCACAACUCGUCGGACUGCCCCCAGCCUCGUGUCGAGCGCUGCCGCAACUGCGACGCAGAGGGCCAUCACAGCCGGGACUGUGAUCAGCCAAAGGACUGGAGCAGGGUCAAGUGCACCAACUGUUCCAAGUACGGCCACGGUGCAAAGCGCUGCCCUGAGCCUGCCGGUGGUGCUGAUACGCACGGUGGUGGCGGUGGUUCAUGGGAUAACAACGGUGGCCCUGCCGCUGCUGCUGCGGGCUGGGACACUAGUAGUGGAGACACUGCUGCUGCUGCUGCUCAGGAGUCAUCUGGCAACUGGGCUGAUGACAUGAACGCUACCUCUUCGUGGUAG